AUGCUAAAGACGUGGUGUAUUUUCCUGCUGUGUUGGCUGUCCUGGCAGCUCGAAGCUAAUCCUGGUCUUAAAGUGAGGAUUACUCAGAAAGGACUGGACUAUGGCAGGAGGAUUGGGAUGGAGCUCCUGAAGCAAGCAGUAUUGAAAGAGACCUUCCCAAGCUGGAGUGGGCAGGAGAGUUUGUCAGCUAUAAAAGUCAACUAUGUCAUUUCAAGGCUCAGAAUUAAUGCUGUAGAUUUCCCAGAAACUUCUGCUUCCUUUAUUCCUGGCACUGGAAUUUGUCUGUCAGUGUCACAAGCUUCUGCUACAAUCAGUGCAGACUGGAGAAUAAGUGCAUGGCUGUUCAAAGACCAAGGAGAAAUUACUGUGUCCAUCUCAGGAUUGUUUAUUGCAGUUAGCUUCAAAGUGUCACGGGAUAGAACAGGCCACUUGUCCACAUUGCUACACAAAUGCCAGCUGAGCAUUGAUAGAGUCAGAGUCAAGGUACAUGGAGGAUCUAGUUGGAUCUCCAGCCUUCUAGCUGGUUAUCUUGAGAAGCCCAUUCACACCAGAUUGGAUGAAAAUCUGUGCCUUGACAUCAAGUACAAAAUCCAAAUUAUGGAUGCAGAGCUCAGAAAGCAUGAGGUCUUAAGCCAGAUUGACGCCUUUGCACAAGUAGACUAUUCCCUAGUUAGUUCUCCAUCAGUCUUCAAAUCACACAUUAACUUGGAUUUGAAGGGCACAGUCUAUCCAGUAGGAAAUCACACAGACCCUCCUUUUGUGCCAGCUCCAUUUGCUCUCCCAAACCAGAGUGAUUCUAUGAUAUACUUGGGAGUCUCCAAUUAUUUCCUCAAGACUGCUUCACUGGCUUACUACAGAGCAGGGGCCUUUAACAUCACCAUCUGCAAAGAGCUUGCUACUGCUUUUAACCUAAAUACCUCCUUACUCAAGUAUUUUGUUUCUGAGAUUGCUCUGAGCUACACAGCAGCGUGCCCAGUGCUGCUGAAGCUGAUGGCUACAUCACCUCCUGCAGUCAGUUUAAAUGCAGGGAGAUGCAUCCUACAGAUCGAUGGCUGGAUAGAAGUGUUUGCUGUUCUGCCAAAUUCAACCACCCAGUCCAUCUUUACAGGGAAUCUC